AUGCUAACUUCAGUUGAGUUUGACAAAGAAAUGACAACUUUGACUGAGGCUAACAAAGAAGAAUUGGCUGAGUCUGAUAUGGAAAAAAUAUCUAGUAUAGAAAUAUCUGGUGUAGAAAAAGUAUCUGAAGUAGAAAUAUUUGAUCCAGAAGAAAUAAUAUUUAAUAUAGACAAAGUGUGCUUUACAAAUUAUGAAGCAAUUGAACAACUUUGGAG